AUGGAUGAACAAAGAACACUAAGGCAGCUUGCUGCUCCUGAUGUCAAUUACAAUGGUCUAUGCAUUCAAUAUACUGACGUUGAUAUUCCUUUUGAAUUGAAAUCUGGUUUGAUACAUUUGUUGCCCAAGUUUCAUGGUCUUGCAGGUGAGGAUCCGCAUAAGCAUUUGAAGGAAUUUCAGGUAGUUUGUUCUACACCAUUGAGGCCUGAAGGUAUAACAGAGGAUCAUAUCAAGCUUAGAGCCUUUCCAUUCUCGCUCCAGGGUGCUGCCAAAGAUUGGUUGUACUAUCUUGAGCCGAAUUCUAUCACAACUUGGAAUGAUUUGAAGAAGGCAGGGAAACGAAUCAUUGGCAGAAUACUGGGAAAGAUUCAAGCAGCUAGUUCUAGUUGUCCCCAACACCAGAUCACCGAGCAAUUACUCAUCCAAUAUUUCUAUGAAGGGUUGCUACCAAUGGAUCGAAACAUUUUGGAUGCUGCAAGUGGUGGAGCACUUGUUGAUAAAACUCCAGCUGCUGCAAAGGCCUUGAUCGAGAACAUGUCACUCAACUCGCAACAGUUUACAACCAGAAAUAAUUCUGCAAGUGUAAAUGAGAUUCAGUCUUCCUCUUCCUCCAUCAAGGCGCUCGAAACCAAGUUUGAUGCUAGAAUUGAUGAACUUACUUCCUUGGUGAAAAAGUUGGCAGUUAGCAAAGCUCAACCAGCAAAAGUGUGUGGUAUUUGUACUUCUUCUGAGCACCCGACUGAUACAUGCCCCAUUCUACAAGAUGAAACAAUAACUGAGCUUCCUCAAGCAUAUGCAGUAGCAGCAGCCCUUUACAAUCAAAACAGGUACAACAAUCCUGACCUCUCCACCAACAAAUAUCACCCCAGUUGGAGGAAUCAUCAAAACCUCCAAUAUGUGAAUCAGUCACAAGCUGCAGCCCCUGCUGCCCCACCAGCCACUUCUUCACUGGAAGACCUUGUCAAGCAACUGGCACAACGAACAGAUGCUAGCAUUCAGAACCUGACAACGCAGAUGGGACAAAUGGCCAAUGCAAUAGGCCAACUACAAGCCCAAGGCUCUGGUAACCUUCCUGCACAAACAGUGCCGAAUCCGAAUGUGAAUGUGAGUGCAAUUACUUUGAGAUCUGGAAGAGUGUCAGAACCAGCUCCAGAGAAAAAGAAGAAGAAAACCGUUGCAUCAUCAUCUGCUCCUGAACCUCCUUCUGUUACAACUGAGACCGAACCCGAAAAAGAAAGAGUAUAUGUGCCACCAAUUCCUUUUCCUCAAAGGGUGCAGAAAAAUAUCAAGAAGACAGUUGAGGAAGACAAGGAGAUUUUAGAUGUAUUCAGAAAAUGUGCGGUUAACAUUCCUCUCCUUGAUGCAAUUAAACAGAUUCCUAAAUAUGCAAAAUUCCUGAAAGACUUGUGCACACACAAGAGGAAGUUGAAGGGAAAUGAGAGAGUCAGUUUGGGACGAAAUGUUUCUGCUUUCAUUCAGCCCAAAACUGGUUCCUCAGCUAAUGUCUCAGUUCUCAGUCAGACCAUGCCAGAAAAGUGUGAUGAUCCAGGAGUUUUUGGUAUUCCCUGUUCCAUUGGGGAUCACAAGUUUGAAAAUUGUAUGCUUGAUCUAGGAGCAGGUAUUAAUAUUAUGCCUACUUCUAUUUAUAAUAACCUUGAUCUUGGUCCUUUGCAGCCUACAGGUUUAAUCGUGCAAUUAGCAAACAGGAGCAAUGCCCGCCCUGCUGGGAAGGUAGAAGAUGUCCUGGUGCAAGUUAAUGACUUGAUUCUUCCUGCAGAUUUCUACAUUCUAGACAUGGAGGGAGAAACUAAUUCCAGCAGGGCACCCAUCAUUCUAGGCCGACCAUUCAUGAGAACGGCAAGAACAAAAGUUGAUGUUUAUGAUGGAACCAUGUCCAUGGAGUUUGGCGACAUUGUCGCUAAGUUUAACAUUUUUGAUGCCAUGAAACAUCCCGUGGAAGAACAUUCUGUUUUUUAUAUGGAUUUAGUUACUAACACUAACCUUUGCUCUGUUUGUGCUAAGAUUGAAUCUGAUUUGCAGGAUAAUAACAUUCAUACAGGUGAAGUUGUUGUCAAUGAGGCAGUCUGUACGGUUAAAGUUCUUGACAUUCCGGCUACCCCAACCAAACACUCCCAUGAUAAAGAAAAGACUACGCACUUCCAUGAUAAGAUGAUUUCCAAAAAGAAAUUUUCUGUUGGCCAAAAAGUCUUGCUGUUUAAGUCUCGCCUGAAAGAUAUGAAAUUAAAAGUACAGGUACUGGCAAGGUUUUCAAAGCAAAAGGACAACGGUUGA